AAAGCUGGAGAACAGUAUGAAGAUUUUAUCGUCAACAUUAUGACCACGGAUAUCACAAUAAUCUAGAAUAUUUGACCGAUCUGAGCAGCUAUGUCGUCAGAGGUGCCACUCAUGACUCUGAAAUCACUCCAGAAGGAGUUCAAAGACCUACAAAAGGACAGUGUGGAAGGAUGUGCAGUUUGGUUGACUGAUGAUUCUAACUUAUUAGAAUGGCAGGUUGGACUGUUCGGACCUCCUGAAACCAUCUUCCAGGGCGCUUACUUCAAGGCGAUUCUGACUUUCCCACUGGACUACCCUUUCUCUCCUCCGUGCAUCAAGUUCAUAUCUGAUAUCUGGCAUCCUAACGUAUAUCCGAAUGGAACUGUGUGUAUAUCCAUCCUACAUCCACCGACUGCUGACGAAGUAAGCGGGGAGUUACCGAGCGAGAGGUGGAAUCCUACCCGAACUGUCAGGACCGUGUUGAUAAGUAUAGCCAGCAUGUUAAACUCACCAAAUAUCAACUCUCCGGCUAAUGUUGACGCCGCUGUCAUGUACAGGAAAUGGAACACUAACAACGAUCCAGCAUACGUCGAUCGAAUAAAGGAUCUGAUAGAAAAGAACAAGACUUUAGCGGACGGUGAUGGAGUGACGAUACCGUUGACUCUGGCAGAGUACACGUUCAAAACUAAACCAAUAGAAGAGGCCCCAAAUAUGGGCGAUCUAAAUCUUGACUCUGAUUAUGAUUAUGAUUAUAACGACAGUGAUUGUUAUUAUUCCGAUGAGGAGGAGUAUGAUGAUGAUUGAGAGAGAUUCAAUUGUAGUUUUGUAGUCUUGCGCUUUUUCUGUGGAAAUAAUUUCGGUGUUAUUUAAGGGGGUCAACCUUCAAGUUCUAUAGAGUAAAUCCACCACAGAAACUGUCCUCCGCCUUGAGUAGUGAACGUUUUGUCUGCUCAAUGAAGACCACUGAAUUAACGAUCAGUUUACCAUAGAAUGAUAGAUUCCUCUGGAUCAAAUGUCAAAAAUAGCUAAUUUGAAAUUCUCCCAACUCCCGUCUGAUACGGAAGACAGAAACGUAAACGGAACCAAUUUAAAGAUGAUUUUAUUAGCCGGAAAAUUGUUUUUAUAUUUUUAAGGGAUAUUUCUUUUUUAUUGUAUAUGCUGUAAAAUCUAUUUGACCGUAUAUCUCAUUGUGAAAUAAAAA